AUGGCCACCAGCCAAGCGUCCUGGCUCACGCGCAACGGCGCUGCGCCGGCCCUCACGCCUUCUCGCCCCGCUCCGCCUGUACCAUUCGGUCGCGUCGCCGCCGACACGAGCCUCCAGCCCGGCACUUGGACGCCGCCGUCGAGCUCUGCAGCACCAGUCCUCGCGUCGGACCAGCACCGCUCGCCGCCAGCAGGGCCUCAAGCCGCGAGGGCGCAGACGAUCGUGCGCCGAGGGUGGGUGAGCGCCAAGGAGGACGGGCUGCGAGCGUGGCUGUGGAGCAAGAAGUGGCUCGUCCUGCGCGAGCAGUCGCUCGCCCUGUACAAGAACGAGCUCGCAGACGUGGUCUCGGUCACGCGCGAGGACCUCAAGCCGUUCUGCAUCGCCAUCGCGACCGCCGCCCGCCCGUACUACCUCGCGCUCAAGUCGGACGAGGAGCUGUACGCCUGGAUGGACGACAUCUACGCCCGCUCGCCCCUCAUCGGCGUCUCGAGUCCGACCAACUUCGUCCACCAGGUCCACGUCGGCUUCGACCCGGUCUCGGGCGCGUUCACCGGCCUCCCCGAGCAGUGGACUCGGCUCCUCACGAGCAGCGCCAUCACCAAGGAGGACUACGCCAAGAACCCGCAAGCCGUUCUCGACGUCCUCGAGUUCUACACGGACAUCCAGAAGCGCGAGCGCGACGAGUACGGCCUCGGCGCGACGAGCAUGGGCAUGACGGACGUCAGCGCAGCUCUGCACCCGCUCGACGGCCCGGCCGCCCCAGCCCCGGCGCGGUUCGACGCGGGUACCGGUCUCGCCGGGCAGCGGUAUCCUGCGAGCCUCGAGACCAUCCGCACGAUCCCGGCCCCGCCCCACGCCAGCACCUCGACCGCGUCCUCGACCGUGCCCGCGCCGCCUACCGCGCCACGCGCUCAUCCUCCCUCGGCCCCGACGACCGAGACCAACUAUCCUGUCGCGCGCCCAACCCCGCCGGGCGCGGCUCCCGCUCGCCCCGCCUACCCGGCAGCCCACCCUCGACUACCGACCCCUCCCAACCUGUCCCCCAUGGCCCCUGGGCGCGCCGCUCCUCCGCCUCCCACCUCGUCGCCGCGCG